AUGAUUCAAUUGAACGGUAAAAAUGCCUUAAUUACUGGCGGAAGUGCAGGUUUGGGUGCAGCAAUAGCUCAUCAAUUAGCUGCAGAGGGUGUCAAUAUUGCUAUUAAUUAUGCCAAUAACAAGGAACGUGCAGAGACGUUGGCUGAUGAAAUACAAAACAAGUAUGGUGUUAAAACCAUUGUAUUAAAAGCUGAUGUUUUCAAAAUGGAUGAAUUGAGUCAAUUGGUUGAAUCAACAGUUGAGCAAUUGGGUGGGAUAGAUAUCUUGAUUUCCAAUGCUGGAUGGACCAAAUUUAUCGAAUAUGACGAUUUGGAAGGUAUGGAUGAAGAAGCAUGGGAUGGUACUUUCAAUGCCAAUGUUAAAGCUCAUUUUUUUCUAUUCAAAGCCGCCAAGAAGCACUUUGAUGCCAAUAAAGAUGGUGGUGUAUUUAUAGCUAGUGCAUCAGUUGCUGGUCGUAUUUCAUAUGGAUCUUCAAUCCCCUAUGCUGUUUCUAAAGCUGGGUUGAUUCAUUUAAUCAAGUUUUUAGCCAAGACUCAAGGUCCCAAAAUUCGAUUACAUGCGGUUUGCCCUGGUUUACUUUUAACUGAAUGGGGUAAAAAGUUUCCCCAGGACAAGAUUGAUGUCGCUAAGCUGAGAUCACCAAUUGGACAAAUUACUGAUGUUGAUGAGUGUGCUGCGCAAUAUGUAUUGUUGAGUAAGUUGGCUACAUCUACUGGUUCAAUUGUGGGAAUGGAUGCUGGUGUUUCGUUGUGA